CACUAGUUAAAAUGUAUAUGAGCAUUUAUAAAACAAUGAAAAUAAUUGAAAUUCACAUGUACAACAUAAGUAUUCAAAUACAACUACAAUAAACAUAUACAAGUAUUUUAAUACAUAAAAAAUACAUUAAAUAUAAUUGAACAUUUACUGUUACAGAAGUGAUCAUUAUUUUAACUAAGAUUAUUUUUUUACGACGCACAAAACUGGUAAAAAUAAUCGAAUAGCAAAAUUAAAACAACAAUAUAUACUCAUACGAAACGCACAAAACUGGAAUAAACAACAAUCAAAAAUACAAAAAAAAACCCCCGAAUUAGAUGAACAAUACAAACUAAAUUAUUAAUCAACUAAUAACAACAAUAACAAAACCAAAGCAUUAUCAAAAUUAAAGUCAAUACAACAAAAACUAUGAAAUCAGAUCAUUAUAAUCAUCCAAUUACAAUUGUAAAACAAAGCAUUAUCAAAACAAUUGACGAAUUAUCAUUAAAAGUAAGAAUUACUUAUAUUGAUCUCCAUGAAAGAAGAGAGAGAAAAUUGAAAAACAAUAAAUAAAAAAAAAACCAGGAGAGAGAAAAUGAAAUUGGUGAAAAAGAGGAGAGAGAAAAUGAAAUUGGUGAAAGAAAUGAGAGAGAAAAUGAAGUCUAUAAAAAUGUUUAUAUACAGUACUUAUUUGAAUGGAAGGUAAAGAAGGGAAGGAAAAAAAAUUAUGCAAAAGUAGCUGCUUGAUAAAACGACGUAGUAUAGAAAGGGGGUGUAGGAAAAGCUACAUACACUAGAGUCUAGUUAAAAAUUAUUUGACAGCUUUAGGAAGAACUCAAGCUCCCAAAGCCCAAGGAAAUGAGACGAGCCCAUUGGACAAAUGCUCUACCAUAAUUGAGUCCAACUUCAAUUCUUCAAGUAGAAAAUGCAAAUAUUUUUUUUUAAGAAGUACAUUUUCCGUACAACAAUUUGUCUUUUUGCGCAAAAAAAGCUGCAAAAAAUAUUUCCUAUUUGUUUGAAUUAAACUCUGCAAACUUUACAAAAAAACCACUCUGCCACCCUUUCCUUCUUCAGCACUCAUCUUCUUCAACUAGCACAAAUUAAUUUUUCUUCAAAGCUCUCACAUUUUCAGGGUUUUUCUGCUUCAGAAUAAUGGGAGAUUCAGAUUCAUCAACAACGUCAGAAAUGGCUGAAAUUUGGCAAAAAUUAUGGUCAGAAAUUCUGAAGAGAAUCCCAGCAAAAGAGUUAGGUAAAUGCAUUUGUGUCUGCAAAACAUGGUAUUCUCUCAUUCUAUCUCCUCAGUUCAUAACUUCACACACUAAAUUUCAUCGAACCCAUCUCAAUUUCCUCCUUAGAAGCUUCACUAAAGCUUCCCUGGCUGAAAAUGGUGUUGAAUCUUACCAUUUUUUCUCUGAUUCUGAAGAAAUUUCUGGGCUUUUUAACAAGGGUUCUAUUCUUCCUUUUAAAACUGGGGUGGGUUUGAAUUUUCGUGUUGUUGGGUGUGUUAAUGGUGUUGUUUUUCUUGCUGAUACUCAAUUUGGGAACAAACAUACUUUCUAUUUAUGGAAUCCUUUGAUUAAGAAGCAUAUUAAGUUACCAAAACCCAGAAUUGUGUUUGAUGUUGUUGGACCUUAUAUGCAUGUUUUUGGAUUUGGGUAUGAUUCCAAAAAUCAGGAUUUGAAGGUUGUUAGGGUUUCUUACAUUCAGCUUAGUUCUGGGUUAGAUGAAAUUCCUCCAAAAACUGAGGUUUAUAGUGUUAAAUUAGGGGUUUGGAGAUGGGUUUUUGCUGAUGAUGUUACUACUUGCAUUGCUGAGGAUAUUUGGUCUCAGUGUUGUCUGCAAGGGUGUGUUCAUUGGGUUGGAUUUGAUAGGAAGAGUCUGAUUCGUCGUUUAAGAACAAUUGUCUGUUGGUGUUUGAUGUUGAGGAAGAGAGGUUUAGGAAGAUGGAAUUGCCUUUGGCAUUACUUGGGGUCUGCCCCAUUGUUCUUGAGGUUUCCGAAUCCAAGGGUUUGCUGUCAAUGAUUCAGUAUAAGAAGUAUGGAGACGGUUUUGAGAUGUGGACUCAGAAGGAGUAUGAUGUGAUUGAUUCCUGGAGUAAGGUUCUGAGUGUUGAUUUUGAGGAGCCGAAAUUGCUCAAGGUUCUAAGGUGGAGGCAGAAUGGAGAGGUACUAGCACAAACCUUUGAAGGAGAGCUGUUGUCUUACGAUCCUGGCACCAAAAACAUGAUAACUAUUCGCGAUGAUGGCAUGUUCGCUGCCUUUUAUGCUUGUACUUUCACGGAGAGCCUAGUUUUCCUGGAAAAAGAUUGUGAGAGCAAGAGGACUGUCCGUUUGGAGGAAGAUGACACUGUCAGCAAUGAAGAUGAGAAUAUUUCAUCUCUAGAUACUAUCAGAGUACGCAUGGGAAAAGCUUUUGUAAUGUGCAACCAAAUGAUGAAGUUUCGUCGUGAAUUCUAGAUAUGUUUUUCAGCUUGCAUGGUGGUGUGAUAUUGCACGUUGGACCUUUUUUUUCCUGAUGAGGCACAGUGAGUCUUCGGCUUGUGAAGUGAUUGCUUCGGCUUUGUGGAGUGGUUAGGACUGUGCAUUUCUUUCAACUCGUUAACGAAUUAUGCUUAGUAAGAUGGUAAUUAGACAUGGGAAUGUUACUGUUUAAUUUUUAGCUUUGUGACUAAUUAUCUUCUCGUACUUGGUAGUAGCCGGUGUUUAUGUACUAGUAGGUUUAGUACUAACUAGAAGGUAAGCUUGCUUUGUUACCAAUCAGAAAAUGUUUUCUGGCUAAUCCUUAUGACUCUAAG